GCGAAGAUGUCUGAUGCGGAAGUAUCGGCCGAAGAAGGGAGUGUUUUGAGUGAAUAUUUGAUAUCGUUCGUUUCGUUCCUGACUCGAAUGACCAUUAAAUUGGGCAUUACAAUCGGUCUAAUCGCCUCGGUAGUCAUCACAUUCUACCAUCUCGGUCAGCUCGGAAAAGAUGCCAUCAAAGAACGAAAAUGCUAUCAGAAUAAUGGACUACCGCGGGCGGCUUAA